CCACGGUGACCUGCCCCCAAUACCGAAUGGACUUCCAGUCCGAUUAACACCAAAAUUCUUCAGUCAACAACACGUCGUCUCUCUCUCUCUCUAUCUAAAGUUUCCCUCUCUUCGACUCUGCAAAUUCUAUCUCUCUCUCUCUCUCCAAAUUAGGGUUUCCAUAUACGAACAAACCCAGGAAAAUUACUUCUUGAAACCAAACCAGAGGAUCAAUUAAUCAAUCAAUUGUCCGUACGAAAUGGACGUAGCUUCCGGAGGAGGACCGGCACCAUUUCUUCUGAAGACUUACGACAUGGUGGAUGACUCAAACACCGACGAGAUCGUCUCCUGGAGUUCCAACAACAACAGCUUUGUGGUCUGGAACCCUCCCGAGUUCGCUCGCGUCCUUCUUCCCACCUACUUCAAGCACAACAACUUCUCCAGCUUCAUCAGACAACUCAAUACCUAUGGAUUUCGAAAGAUUGAUCCAGAAAGAUGGGAAUUUGCAAAUGAAGAUUUUGUGAAAGAUCAAAAGCAUCUCCUAAAGAAUAUACAUCGCAGGAAACCCAUUCACAGCCACAGUCACCCUCACGGUACUCCAGUUGACCAAGAGAGAGCAGCUUUUGAGGAAGAAAUAGAUAAGCUUUCACGCGAGAAAGUUGCACUUGAGAAAGCGGCAUGCGAGAAAGCUGCACUUUUAUCUGCUGCAAAGCUUCAGUUGGAAGACUCAACUCAGCGGGUAAAUGGUAUGGAACAGAGGCAAGAUAAGUUGCUGAACUAUUUAGAAACUGCAAUUCAGAACCAGAAUUUUGUUGAACAUCUUGCUCGGAAACUUGAAGCUAUGGAUUUUUCAGCAUAUAAUAAGAAAAGGCGUCUACCUCAAGUUGAUUACUCCCAGCCAGUUCCAGAGAACAGCUUUGUGGACAACCAUAGCAGCUCUAGGCCCGAGUUUGGGCACGUUUUCCACCAAGAUUUCUCAAACAAGUUAAGAUUAGAGUUAUCACCGUCUGUUUCAGAUAUUAACUUGGUUUCACAUAGCACACAGAGUUCCAAUGAAGAUGGGGGAAGCCCUCAAAGGAGACUAUCUGAAGGUUACCCAAAAGAUGCACAGAUGAGAGCUGGUGGGCUUCCGUUUGCCCCCAAAACAUUGGAGCUAUCAGACACUGGAACGUCUUUCAUGUUUAUGAUGGAUUCAACUUUGUCGCGCAAAGGAGGCAGUGGAAGUCCAAGACUGCAGUCCUUGCAGCAAAAUUUGACCUCUAAUGAAGAAGGUGAUGGCCAUAUUUCCUGCCAUUUAAAUCUUACACUGGCAUCUUCGCUGUCGCAGGUUGACAAUAGUCAAUCUUCAGCUAGGAUACAACUAGGUCAUGAAAUUGGUAAAUCUCCUGAGUUAAGAUCCAAUGUCAAUGGUAAGGUGACUGAUUUUAGAGUUUCCCCAAGUAACAGAGCCUUCUCUGAUGAUGAUGCAACUUUGUCUUCCUCACAAGAAGCACCAAUUAAGAUUCAAGGGCCUCCAGCUCCUCCUCCGGCACGAGUGAAUGAUAUGUUUUGGGAACAGUUCCUAACUGAAAGACCAGGCGCUUCUGACACCGAAGAGGCUAGCUCUAGUUUCAGGGCAAACCCCUAUGAUGAUCAAAAAGAUAGAUCAGGCUAUGUAAUGUCUGGAAACGCAAAGAACAUGGAUCAUCUUACUCUUUGAGCACCGCAGUUGCAGUCGAACCCAGUCACAGGUGUUUAAAGGCUGCUCCAGGUACUUUAUGUUUGUAAGAUACAUAUUCAAUCAGGUAUAAUAUUUAUGACUUCAUGUUAGACCAUUAUUUGGUUCAGUUGUGGUUGUCUUAAUGUGCCUAAAGCUUUGUUGUCAGUGGUAAUGUUCGUUUCUUUAACAACAAUUCUUCGGGAAUAAAGACUAGUUGACUUCUUGGGAUUGACACUUGCACUGGAAAGUAGCAUAUGGUUUUGGGUUGUAAAUUUCCAAUAAUUAAAUAGUUAAAAAAUAAUCAAUGAUUCUGAUUU